UAGAAACUUUGUAAACAUUGUGCGUACGUUGCACUAAAUUUUCAUUUGUAUUCUACUUAUUAUUUAAUGAUCCAGUGAAUAAGCCAUGUAGAAUUAUAACAAGAUCUAAAUGUCUACAAAUUCAAUUAAAAUGAGUAAACCGGAACAGUUAGAAUCUGUAAUUAAUUCGCAGAAGGAACAGCUUCUCCGUUACGAAAAACGACUCAAAGAUGUAGUAGCGGCCUACAAAGGGCUGUUGAAAGAAAAAACUGCCCUUGAAUCCAGUUUAGCAGCUUUCACUAGAGGCGAGAAUGGUGUGUCAAACGAGCAAAAAAAGCAGAUCGAUACGGCAUCCUCAUCCGAAAUCAACGAUGACACUGGAAGCCUUCGGGGACAAGUAGCAACUCUUAUGAACUCGCUAGCCACGUUGACGACUGAGAGAAGUCGUAUGGAAUCAUCGUUCAAGUCCGAUCGUAAACAAUUACGAGAGAUAAUUGCGGAGAAAGAUUUGGCCAUUCGAGAUUUAGAAGAACAGGUCAAAGCUUUGAACUACACGAUAAAGACCGAUUUGGAAACGUGCAAAACAAAGUUGAAGCACGACCGUGAAGAAGAGUGCAAUGCUAAUUUGGUGAUGAUAUGUGAACUUCAGAAACAGUUACUAGAUGAAAGACAUUUGAAUGAAACCUUGGAGAUGCAGUUGAGAGAUUUGAAGAUUCAGUUUAACCAAAAACAUUCCGAUCGGCGAGUGAGUGAGAUGCCCAACACUUCAGAUUUUGUAAAACAAAGUUCGGAACUAUUAGAAAGUUCGAAAAAGGAGAAUGCUGCCCUAUCGAAUUUACUUCAGCAGUUUCAGAACGAAAUUGAAAACUUGAAGCGCCAACACGACACGGCCAUUCGCAACGAACAGCGAAGAGUACUGAUUGCCGAAGAGAGAAGUAAAAAAUUGGAAGAAAUCCACGAAGAACGAGUUGCCAACUUAGAGGCACGAUUGGCAGAACUAAGUGGAGUUGUUGGAACGUAUGAUCGUUUGCGACAACAGGAUCAAGAGAAUAUAUCACAACUAAAAGAAAAAUUGUCAAAGUUGAGUCUAAAUAACACUCUGAAUAGAAGAGUUAGUCAGGAGAGUAAUGUUGAGCGUAUUGUCGAGGAGAUAAGCUAUCUUAAAAAUAUGCUACUUUCCGAAAACGAAAAACUCCACGAGCCACUAGAUUUAUCGACAUUAUUCACAAUUCAUUCAACGGCAAAAGAUGAUUUCGACAAUCAAAAUUUCGGUCUAGAAGACUAUCGUAAUUUACAACGUAGCUUUGAGCAAUGUUUAAGGGAAAACGAAUCUCUGAAAACAACUAUUCAGACUCACCAGAAUAAUACGAGAAGUCUUCAAGAAAAAGUAAAAGCUCUCAACAGAAAUUUGGAUGACCUUGAGGCUGAAUUUAAAAAUAAAUUAGUUGAGCAUAACAACAUUGUUAAGUCGGAAAAGAUUCGAGCUCAGGAAAUGUCAACAGCGAUGGAGAUGGAGUUCAAAUCAAAACUAUCCCAACUGGAACUACAGUUAAAAAAACAGCGUGAACGUUCCUUACAACUUCUAGAAGAGAAAGAGGAGGAGAUAAAAUCACUUCGGACGUCGUUCGAUAUUAUGAUGCAUGAUGCUACCAGCGAACGCGAGACUUCCAUUGUCGAGAAUAAGAAUAUGUCAGACCAACAAAACUUCGACAACUUCCCUAUGGCUCUAUCGAAAAAAAUCAACGCUCUCAGUUCAGUAUUUAAAACAGACGCAAAUGUGAACCCAGAAACAAAUCACAUUUUACACUACGCACACGAGUUAGCGCGUAAAGAAAUUGAAAUUACUGCACUUCGGACAGCUAAAAACAACACCGAAUCAGCUCUACGACAGGCACUGCAUGAUAAAGUUGCUUCUCAAGAGGAGCUGCAUGAUAAGAUCGCAUACUUAGAAGAACAAAUUGAUAGGUGGGAACGUUGUAAAUCACGAGAAGGAGCCAACCUAGAGUACCUGAAGAACGUUAUACUAAGCUUCCUUACAUCUCAGGAUAUUGACUGCAAAAAGCAUAUGAUUAAUGCAAUAGCUGCGGUUCUAAAAUUUAGCACGACUGAGAUGAAAGCGAUACAAGGUUCGGAUGGCAUGAAGCGGUGAAAAACCAAAUGCAAUUUGAUUUUCACUGAGUACUCCGAAAUGUACUCUUUUAAUAAAAGUGUUAAUAUA